AUGAUGGCUUCUCCUACCACAGACAAAGACACAGACACGGGCAUAGACACCCCUGCUGCUCUGAGCUCUGAGCAGCUUCGGGCUCUCUUUGAUAUCCUCACCCACCACGAAACCUACGCCGAGGCCGAGAGCUUCAAGGACCCGGCCGCCAUCACCAAAUACGGAUAUCCAUUCUCGCCGAGUCCGAGCACUCCGAAUGGCAAGUCGGCGUCGCCGGUGCUGCAGCACCUCCUCACCAAGGUCGUCCUCCCCGUCCCGGGCGUCAGGGAUCUGCCCCCGGAGUUCUGGAACGUCAAGUUCCGCGGCAUAAUGAUCAAGAUGGGCGAGGCGAACCUGUCAGAGAGCUACGACAAGGGCGCGCUGGGUACUAGGAAGACCCUCGCGACGGCAUCCUCUGUGAUUCACGAGUCCGUGACCCGCGGCCUGCUCGGCGGCAUUCCAGGGGGAGAACGUCGCGAUUUAGAGGAGCAUUUCGACACAAAGACUCCUGAAGGUCUGGCAAGCGCCUGGGAGGAUUGUGUGCAUGAACUUGUCCACGGGAAUCUGGUCGAUGAGCUGUUUGACCAAGCAGUCCGCACGGAGAAAGUUGACGAGCAUUCGCCAGCUGUCCAGGCCGCUAUCGACUACGCUAUCAUCCAUAUCGCAUCUUUUGCACACCACGUGUUUGUUCUCUCGGCGGAAGGACAGUAUCUUCUGAAGCUCCUUGAAAACGUGCACAAGUUGAUUCCAUAUUCCAUGAUCAGACAGACGCUGCGCAUCAGCAACGCUGCAACCAUGAUAGAUGGCAUGAUCAAGCUGCUUCUCGCAAAAGUAGGUGUUGGUGCCAUCUCAAAUUGGAUGGGCCUCACCAAGGACGCAGAUGAGGGCAUGAACUUGCUGCAGAGAAUCAUCUCGCUCGUCUUAUCCUGGGAUAGUAGUGAAUUCCGGAAAGCCGCUGACAAAAUUGAAUCCAGCAAGGAUGGCCCGAGCAAGGAGCAACUGGCUGCCAUAAAGCAGCACAUCCAGUCCCCAAUCGAAAAGCUCAAUGCAGUAAGAGAGCAGAGCAUUAAGGAAGACAUUUCCAUUGUGAAUGCGAUAUUCAAUGAAACAGACCCGACGCUUGCAAGCUCCCUCACCCCCUCACAGCAUACCCAGUGCCUCGAAUACUACUCUGCUCAGUUAUCAAACCGCGACCGCGAGGAGAUCAUCAAGGUGCUGUGCAGACAAAAUCCCGACUUGUUCACGGGUGCCAUAAGAGAUGCGGUCUCAUCGUUUGACAACAUCAUCAGAGUGAUACACAACAAGGUGGACCUACGAGAGCAUAUCAGCGCCAUGGAAAGCUUCCUCAACGACGUCAUUGAGACGAGCAAGCCGAAGAAGGCGGACAACGGGAAGAAGGGUGACACAAAAGUGACAACGCCACCCACUGUGGAGGAUUACACUCUGCUUCUACGCAGAAACAGACAUCUACUCUACAGAUACCUCCACCAGUUCGCCGAGAACUGCCCCGAUAUCAGAGAGAAGUUUCGCAAGUGGGCGAACGAUACCAUUAAACAGUUCAGGCAAGCACACGCAGCAGGCGAGUCAGCAAAGGUGCAGAACGGCAGCGCAAAUGGCAGCGCUGUUGGCGAGAAGGAGGCAAAGGUUGCUCGCGAGGCCACGACUGGCGCGGGAGCCAUGAGUGAAAUCUUCCAAUCGAUGUUCACCGAGCUGCCAGAGGACACGAAGCAGGCAGUGCUGCAAUCACUGGACGCUCACCGUCAAUACCUUUCGUCACUGGAGGACAUAUCGACAGAUCGGAUGCGGCGAAUCCUCAACAAAAUCAGUGACGAGGCGAGCCCAGAGAGCGGCAGCAUGAGCGGGCCGGGGGUCUACCUGAUUCGAUGGCAGACGCUACUCGAUGAUACUCUGAUCACCCCGGAGACGAUAAAGGGGCCGAUACGACAUGGAAAGGAUGUAAAGGGAUUUAGGACGCUAGGCAAGACCGUUGCUGUUGGGGCCAAGGACAGCUGGGAUGCAGGCGCCAUCACCGAGCAGGAGGAGAGCAUUAUACCUGAAGCCCCUGAUGUCACUGUCGUGUGGAGGGCGUUCGAGUCGCAAUUCAAGGAUGUAGUGGCCGACCUCACGCCCACUGCAGACUAA